AUGUUUCUCGCAAAGGCUUUUUUGGAAGGAGCGGAUAGGGGCCUUGGGGAAGCCUUUGGAGGCCUUCUUGGAGGCGGCGGUCAGCGAGGAGGAGGAAAUAUUGGAGGGCUGGUUGGAGGCAUUGUGAAUUUUAUCAGCGAGGCUGCAGCUGCUCAGUACACCCCAGAGCCGCCCCCCACCCAGCAGCAUUUCACCAACGUGGAGGCCCACGAAAGUGAGGAAGUCAGGCGGUUCCGGCACCAAUUUGCACAGCUGGCGGGACCGGACAUGGAGGUGGGUGCCACCGAUCUGAUGAACAUUCUCAACAAAAUCCUUUCUAAGCACAAGGAUCUGAAGACCGACGGCUUUAGCCUCGACACCUGCCGAAGCAUCGUGUCCGUCAUGGACAAUGACACGAACGGGAAGCUGGGCUUUGAGGAAUUUAAGUAUCUGUGGAACAACCUGAAGAAAUGGCAGUGUGUGUACAAGCAGUAUGACCAGGACCACUCUGGGUCCCUGAGCAGUUCUCAGCUGCGGGGGGCUCUGCAGGCAGCCGGCUUCCAGCUCAACGAGCAGCUGUACCAGAUGAUCGUCCGCCGGUACGCCGACGACGACGGGAGCAUGGACUUUAACAACUUCAUCUGCUGCCUGGUCCGCCUGGAUGCCAUGUUCCGAGCCUUCAAAUCCCUGGACAGAGAUGCGGAUGGGCUGAUCCAGGUGUCCAUCCAAGAGUGGCUGCAGCUGACCAUGUACUCCUGA